AUGUUUGAUUCAAAAGUCCUGGUGAUGUUUGCCUUCGUCUUCGUGGUCAUCUGCAGUGUCAGAGUGGAGGGAAGACAAGGGGCGAGGAAUAACCGCAGGAUGCAGGACGCUCUGAACUAUCGACAGAGCAGGUUUUUGUCUUUGUUCACGUUCGUGCAAUUCAGCAACCAGGAAUGCAUGGGUACCGGAGGCGAGAACGGCACGUGCCUGACCUCGGCCCAGUGCACCCAGAGGGGCGGCACCGGCGGCGGUCCCUGCGCGGGCGGCUACGGCAUCUGCUGCAUCUUUAUGGCCACGUGUGGGAUGACGAUCAGAGAGAACGGCACGUACUUCGUGAACACCGGAUACCCGACCCCCUACGACGGAACCGGAUCCUGUCAGAUAACCCUGAUGAAGAUGAACGCAGACAUCUGCCAAUACCGCCUGGAUUUCCUGCAGUUCCAAUUGAUGGGACCAGAACAGCAGAACAACAUCUGCAACAAUGACCAGUUCAUCGUUUCCGGCGGUGGAAGUCCAGUUCCUCCAAUUUGUGGCCUAAACAAUGGAAAUCACAUGUACAUAGAUGCAGGAUCAGGAUUGGGAACACCCAUGACACUCUCGAUGAUCACAAGCGGUCCAUCCUUCAGAAGAAACUGGAAGAUUCGUGUCGUGCAGAUUCCUUGUACAUCGAUAUACCGAGCGGAAGACGGAUGCCUGCAGUAUUACACGGGGGUCGCAGGACAGAUAAUGUCCUUCAAUUACGAUCCUGCGAACGGGCUGCAACUGUCCAACCAGGAUUACGGCAUCUGCAUCAGGACCGAGAGGAACUUCUGCGGGAUUCAAUAUACACAAUGUCCUGACACAGUGAACAAUCGGUCGCAAUCGUUUACGUUGAGCGGAAACACCGGAAACAAUAACCAGGUGCCUGCUAUGGUUGGCAGCACCGGAACCGGAAACUUCUGUCAGAACGAUUACCUGAUCAUCCCGAUGGCCAGCAACGUCGGACGUCCGGUUCUUGGGCAGAUUACCAGCGUGGACCGGAUCUGCGGAGGAACCCUCAGCGCCGACGUUACCCUAAACGAAACCCCAGUCCGCAGUAAGUCUUUCAAGAUUGUUACCUAA